AAUUCGUGAUUUUAUUAAUGUGUAUUGGAAUUAUCCCAAAGAGGUUUUAUAUUCAUUUUCAGAUUUUAUAAACCGUCCAGAUGGUUCAUUUUGCAUUGGGGAGAAGAUAUCAUUUCAACAAUUUGUAGAUAUACUUUAUGAAAAUUUUGGUUUCCGUCGAAAUGGUUUGACAAUUGAGGGGAUUAGUUUACUGACAAACCGACCCAAUGGUUCGUGGAAUAUCGGAAACAUGAAUACUGAUAGUGCCUUUGAGUGGAUAUAUUAUUUUCCUGCUUUCUCCUAUGUGUAUUUGCAUUUAGAGUUGAAGCAGGUUACGCAGGCACCUACAGUGAUUAUGCAGUUUGAGGAUGUUCCCCCUUUUUACGGGGGAGUGCUUGAUUUUGAAGGUACGUCCACUUUGCAUGUUCGUAAUUUUGGCCAAGGGACAAGCUCAACAGCCAGAGAAGAACCCGAUGAUGAUUUCAUUCCUGAUGAAGACGAUACAUCGGAAACGGAAUCGGAUAGAUCAAUAAGCGAGGAGAGUGAACCAAAGUUUAUUGAAGAGCACCCAUUUUCUAGUACCGGUCAACACGUGUAUCGCGAGAUGGGUGAGUGGGACCCGUCGUGUGUAGACCGAGAUGAGCAUGCUCUCCCUCGUUCGAAUGGAAAUGUCGAUUCUAUCCGUUUGGGUACUGUUUUUCGGUCCAAGGAAGAAGCACAGAUUGCUAUAAUGAAUUGGAACGUGAGUAGAUUGAGGGAGAUUCAAAAGAAACCGGAAUAUAGUGUUACCCUGAUCCAGGAGGAUGUCAAAAAAUGUUGGAAAGUCGAUGUGAGCUACAAGAAGGCGUGGCACGGGAGGAAAAAAUCCAUCGACAGUUUGUAUGGCACUUGGGAAGAGAACUUCGCACAACUCCCUCA